AUGCAUAGGUCCGGAGAUCCCAAAGAGCGUUCCUUCGGCAUGCAUCGGAGGCCGGACAGCGCCCUCCGGCGUAGCAGGGGCUAUGCUCGGCGGUGUGGCCGCAUCCUGCCAGGGCUCCUCUUCACUCUCCUCCUCCUUGCAUCAGCUUCUGUCACGCACCUGUCGCCGCCUGGCUGGUGGCGACGCGGUUUCCCAAGAAAGCGCUACGGCAGCUUCGCUGAAGUGGAGUUGCUAUCACAGCUGGGCGCACUGCUCUGUCCGGACAUGCCCUUGGAGGAGAUGUUUCGAAGCUUUUACGGGAAAGACCUGGCUGAAUGGGGAGGCCGUUACUUGAGCCCUGACCUCGUGCUUUACGGUGUUUUGAAGGAUCCGGAGGCCGCACUGUUCAUCGAAUACGACGGCUUCUACCGUCACUUCGAGCCUAGAGGUGUGGAAGCAGACAGGCGCAAGACCAGAGCACUGCUGACCUUUGCGCCCCCACAUUCUCGGGUGCUGCGAUUGAGCCAUCAGGAAAGGGAGCUUGACGAUAUCGCCGAUUCGCUGGUGAUACCUCGGUGGUGGCCUAGGCAUAGGACGUCCCUCACGGCGUCGCUGCUUGAAGUCGUGCUUUUUUUGCUGGAAGGCCCACUUGGGCUCCAUCCGCAUCUCGCCGAGCAUCUCAAGAUAUGCCUCAACAAACAGUUCCGUCUGUCGGAGGCAGCGUCGCUGUUUUCAUGCAAUGCUACACUGGCGGGUGAUCCUCGAGCAAAGCUAGCAGAGCUAGACACAUUCCUGAUUUCGCUGGGUUUGAGCGAAGGGGAGGUUGCCAAGGCUGUUUCCAGAUUUCCUCAGCUUCUUGGUUACAGCAUCGGAGAGAACCUGCAGCCGACCGUGGAUUGGUUGCAGGGCUUGGGCUUGAGUGACAGCGAGGUUGCCAAGGCCGUCUCCAGAUGUCCUCAGCUUCUUGGUCUCAGCAUCGGGGAGAAUCUGCAGCCAACUGUGGAUUGGUUGCAGGGCUUGGGCUUGAGUGACAGCGAGGUUGCCAAGGCUGUCUCCAGAUUUCCUCAGCUUCUUUGUCUUAGCAUCGGAGAGAACCUGCAGCCGACCGUUGAUUGGUUGCAGGGCUUGGGCUUGAGUGACAGCGAGGUUGCCAAGGCCGUUGUCAGACGUCCACAGCUUCUUGGUUGCAGCAUCGGAGAGAAUCUGCAGCCGACCGUGGAUUGGUUACAGGGCUUGGGCUUGAGUGACAGCGAGGUUGCCAAGGCCGUCUCCAGAUUUCCGGAGUUUCUUGGCUACAGCAUCGGAGAGAAUCUGCAGCCGACCGUGGAUUGGUUGCAGGGCUUGGGCUUGAGUGACAGCGAGGUUGCCAAGGCCGUUGUCAGACGUCCUCAGCUUCUUGGUCUCAGCAUCGGUGAGAACCUGCAGCCGACCGUGGAAUGGUUGCAGGGCCUGGGCUUGAGUGACAGCGAGGUUGCCAAGGCCGUUUCAACGUAUCCGCAGAGCUUUGGCUGCGGCGGUGUCUCAGUCAGGUUGGAGCCGAUGGUGGACUGGUUUGUCUGCAUGGGUGCGAGCAGAUCGGACGUCAGGCAUCUAGUUAUUCGGUUUCCGGUCAUCAUGUCCCUGCACCUUUCCAACAACUUGAAGCCUAAGACGCAGCUUCUGCUGCAAUAUUUCCCGCCCAAGGAGGCUUUAUCGCUCCUUGUGGCAGAUCCCCGUAUCUUCAGCUACAGUGCCUUGCGCUUGCGCAAACGCCUGGCUGUGCUCGCCAGCAGGCAGCAGCUGGCAGGGUUCUCUGCUGCGCUGCGCAUGACGGAGUCACGCUUCGAAUCCAGCUAUGGGGUGUAA